CCGAUGAUCGAAACGAAACUAACGCCAAGAAAGGAUAAAAUAAAAGACGCUUGCGUGAUUAAGUUCGCAGGAGCACAAAGACCUGGUGAUUCACGGUUUCACAUAGCUGAUUUCUAUCGGUCGCGUUUCUAUCGAUCCCACGAAACUUCAGGGCCGUUGCCAGAUUAAAUAAGGAAAUAGCUACUUCCUAGUCGUUAAUCACGAGACACGUGUUCACGUGAACGCGUGCAUUACGAGCUACUCGAACGUUCCGCUCGUUUAUCAAGAAAAACGAAGUCGAAGAUUAAUACAUUUCAUCUUAUAGCCGAAGAUGAUGUAAAUCUCUCUCUCUCUCUCUCUCUUCCUUCGCCUGAGUUUAUUGCAUUCGCGUACCACUUUCAUUAAUAUGAAAUUCCAUUGGUGAUAUAUCGAAAGGUCCUUAAUAAAAUGUUGUAUACAUUCCAGAUGAAUUUUCUCGUGUUCUUCGAUUUAUACUUUCAAUUUUAAGCCUCGUUCGGAUUACUUAGGUUGCUUGAAUUCAAGCGAUCUAACCUCGUGCGGAUAUUCGAUGGAAACACAAAGUGGAGUGAAAAAAUUACGUAUUUUUUGCAGCCUGAAAUUCGAAGUAUUUCUACAUCUAAAACGCACGUGGCUCUGCUUUAAAGUUAGAUCGAUCCAUAUCGUCGUUCAACGCUUGAAUUUACAACCUAGCUCUAUCUCUUCCACCAGCAGCACUGGCUCCGUUUUCGCUCAGUUGCCUCGGAUCCGACGAUGAUGUUUCUCAUCGAUUAGCAUAUCAUGUUUCAUCAUUAACAUUCGUGCUACAUGCCAGUCUGCGAAACGUUUCGCAUAUUACGGACGCAACUUUCCGGACCGUAGCUGAAUAUCUCUUCCUCCGCGACCACUCGGUUGCUUCAUCGAUCCUCCUUUCCAUUCGAACGACCCCAGAAAUUUCGUUCUAACGAAAAGCCACGGUGUGUAAUCUUCGAUUGGUCCAGACUCGCAAAAAAAGAGCACGAAAAAAGCGUACAAAGAAGAAAUCCGACGGUAAUGGAGGAUUUUUGUGCAAUUCAUCGUCAUCAUCGUGUCUACAUCAAGAUUCUUUCCAUACGUACGUUAUUUCUAACGACGCCACUGUGUUCUUUUGGCCUAUUUAGAAGUUCACCAGUGAGCCAAGAUUUGUUAAUUGCAAUUAGAAACGACUUACAACAUUCUUAAUGCGAAACACCGUUCCUCUGAUUCGAAUCUCAUUGUUUUCCUUUUUGCACAUCGAGAUAUAUCGACGUUAUCCUAAGUAAUCUCGGUUUCUCAAUUUCUUCGCUCUUUUCCUUCAUCGACCAAUCUAAGCCACCAAGUCCAAGACGUCGUAAGUCGCGACUGACUCGAGAAAGUAAUUAAAUUUAACAAAUAUUCCUCUUAUUAGAUAUCAUUCUCCACACGAACUGACUAAAAAAAAUAGAAUAAAUUACUCGAUGAUACCCGAAACGGCACGAGUUUACAGCUUUACGAACCUUUUUUUACAAAAAAAACGUCGUUAUCUAACAAUGUUGAAAAUAUAACCACAGCGAAGACGUACGUAUGUACGUACGUACAAAGAAUAUUCGCGGAAAAAAUUAACAAGAUAAAUAACGUAUUAAAAAAGAUAGACAAAAGAAACUAACUUUCUCGAACCAUUCAUCGGUGAAUUUGAACUGCUUUGGAAUUCGUGACUUCGAUUGUUCGAUAUAUUUCAAAGCGAAGCUAGGAAUUUAGGAUUUAUUCGACGUGUCCUAACGAAUGACUGAAACACACGAUCGUAUGCGUUAUUAAACGUUAUCUGCAACAAGUUCGCGUUAUCUCGGGAUUUAUUGAUCCCGACUGGCGAACAAAUACUUCUCUAAAUCCUCUUCGGCUACGUUAUUCGACGUUCGUCGAAGGAACGUGUCGAGAUAAAGGCGAAGCAAGGGAUACCCGAUGGGAACACAGGUCUCGAUCGAUCUCGAUGUCAAGAAGGACGUUUGGUCUACGCAAAUCCUUUGUUUCGUAGAUAUUGGUUAUUGAGAACAGACCACGUCACGAAUUUAUCUCGCGCGUUUCCCUACCACCGAUUUCGCGGAAUCUCGUACAUUCUCGUUCACGAACAUAUUAGGACACCUUCUACCUUUGUGUAAAAAGUGAUAAUUAACGUUAGAAUUACUAGAAUAUUCGAAUUGACCAAUUGGUAAUCUUGUAUAGCAGUGUCACAGAUCUUUUUAUAGAAAUUUUCCAGAUAAUGGUAUACUUUUGUGGAUUUGAAUAAUAUUUUAGUAGAACAUCUAAAUAUAAGUCUGCAGCUUUUUCUUGCAUUAUAUACAGAUAUAUCUUUCUAUAUACCUUUCGUUUUAAUUUCAAUAAGCUUCGUGCCGAUCGAACUUAUCCAACUAUCCGAUAUUAUAAUUAUAUCGCUAAUUACAUUUACCUGCUUUCGAAAAAAUUGCAACGUUUCAAACGACCACGUUUAGACAAACUAAACAGUAGACACUAGAUGAAUAAACAGCGGAUACUUUGCAAUAAUUACUGUCUAAGAUAUGACAACGAUAUUUCAAAUCAAUCCGUUGCAUUAUAUAGAAUUAUAUCGCGUACGAGCGACUGGCGGACAAACGGCGUGCAUGAAAAUAAUUUUUAUCGAUAAAGUGGAAUCAAUGCGAUUGUGCCGUGGUUUGCGGUAUGCAGCGUGGCUCUAACGCAAUAGCGCGUCCCGCGAAGUAAUUUCGCCGGGGACGUCGAUAACCUUUUACCGCGCAAACUGCAAAUUUAUUGACCACCCGGUGUAUCCUCGCUUAGCUCAGGAAUAAAUAAACGUGUUGCGCAAACGUGCCACGCUAACAACGAUAGGGAGAGAAUGCAGCAGCCGGUGGUAGUUGGGCAAAGGGGUGGAAGGACGAGAGACGAGAAUUAUUUGGCAAGCAACGUUAAGACCGCGUAAAUAAUUCAGGCAGCCGUGCGAGAUACCGGUAGAAGCAAAUGAAGUAGAAGCGGAGAAACAAAGAAUCCCUCCAAAAUUCUGCCUUAUGAAGGAGACGUAUACGUGGCUUACGUUGCGGGAGAAUCGGUGAUUCCAUAAUGGCGUGUUUUAAAAGUAAUUCGAGUUUUUCAUAGGUGCUUCCGUGGUACGAUGUUUCGUGAUUUUCUAAAGCUUCGCUUUGAUUUUAGAGGAAUUAAGAGGAACGACGAAUUCUUUUUCGUUAUUUUGUCGAAAAUACGGUACAAAAUUCGUUGGGACGUAUCUUGCCGAAUUUUACGCUAAAAGCCGAGAGGUUCAAGGUUUGUGUCGUGUCGACGAACAUGACAUACAGGGCAUUUUUCGUGGAAAGUUACUCGGCCACGUGAACGAUACUUUCAUCGUGAGUUUUACGAGCGCGAGCUAUUUUUCGUCGCCCCCUUUUAGAGCUGUCGCUGUCAGCCGAUAUUUUCGUGGAGGCCGUAAAACGAUGCGUAAAGCGCGUUUUCACUUCUACACGGACCUUGUAACGCGGACCUUGAAUACACUGCAGACCCAAACGAACUAUAUUUUUGCCAUUAAAUUUGAUCAACCUGUUCAAAAAUUAGCAAUUCGAUCGUAAUUAGUAAUUAAAUUCGUAUGAUUUUGGACACAAGAAUUAAAGGAACAGAAUAGAGAUUUCUUUCACUAAAUAUUAUAACGAAUACUGUAUUUUAAACGAGAGUAGGAUAUUUCACUUGCAAAUUUUUCAUAAGUUAUUCGUAAGUUCCAUAAAUUAUUUUAACGUGUUAUACGCGUUACUCGGUAUGUUUCCCGCAAACGCAUAAAUUUUAACGAUCAUUGCGAAUUGCAUUCUCCUCGAAAGACUGAAGAUUUUACCAUUAUUGCCGAUCUUUCUUUUUCCAAAGUAAUAGAAAUUCAAGACACGAAUGGCCCCAUGUACAUGCCUCUCCUCUCCAAAGAACUCUCCAUUUAAAGAAAGGUGGAAACAAUGGUUAGAAAACUAAAUAUCGAUGAAAGUAGACCAAACCAGGCAAAUUCGGGCCACGAGAAUAACCAAUCGCGUCGAACAAACUCGAAAACGAUCGCUCAUCUUCUUCCUCUCGAUCUCUCGUGAAAAACCGCAAGUAGUAGUCUCUGAUUGGAUGGCGCGAGACAAGGAAGAUCGAGACGAAGUGGAAUGCCACGGUCCCCUCUCGUUCUCCACGAACAGACGGAAGGAAUGGAACCCCUUGUUCUCCGUCUAUUUUACGACGUAGGGAAGGUGGCAGCACCAUCCGGAUGGUGAAAGUCCUUCGACGAAGAGGAAGGAGUGGUGGUGCACAUAUAGAGGGGCGAGAGGGCGCGGCUUGUCCAGACGCUCUUUGUCCUGACAACGACGAUGACGGCGACGACGACGACGGCGGCAGCGGCCACGAUGUCGCCAAAGUUCCUGUUCCUUCUUGGAUCACUCUUUCUGUUUGCCGGAACGCAGGUCAGAGCGCAAGACGAGGAAGGGGCUGAUGGAAUUGACGCAAAUGCCGAGGAAUUAUGCCAGGACAGGCCAGGAGACGAAUACUUCCGGUUGAACGUCGAAGGAGACUGCCGUGACGUCGUGAGAUGCGACAAAGCGAGCGAGAUUGGAGUGACCAGAUUGGCGACCGUACGAUGCCCAACAGGUCUGGCAUUCGACAUCGAGCGUCAAACGUGCGACUGGAAAACGAACGUGAAGAACUGUGACCAACUCGAGAAGCCGCGUAAGGUGUUGCCCAUCCUGAGGACCGACGAACCAGUCUGCCCCGAAGGGAAAUUGUCGUGCGGUAACGGCGAGUGCGUGGACAAGGAGCUCUUCUGCAACGGUAAACCCGACUGCAAGGACGAAUCCGACGAGAACGCGUGCACUGUGGAAACCGAUCCAAAUCGCGCGCCAGACUGCGAUCCAACGCAAUGCGUGCUCCCCGACUGCUACUGUUCCGCCGAUGGAACCAGAAUCCCCGGAAACAUCGAGCCGUCCCAGGUACCCCAAAUGAUCACGAUCACUUUCAACGGAGCCGUGAACGUAGAUAACAUCGACUUGUACGAAGAGAUCUUCAAUGGCCAACGUCAAAACCCUAACGGAUGCCAGAUCAGAGGCACUUUCUUCGUCUCUCACAAAUACACAAAUUACUCCGCCGUUCAAGACCUUCACCGUCGUGGUCACGAAAUCGCGGUGUUCUCUUUGACCCACAAAGACGACCCACAAUACUGGACCCAGGGAACCUACGACGACUGGCUGGCAGAGAUGGCUGGAGCUAGACUCAUCAUAGAACGUUUCGCAAACAUCACCGACGGUUCUAUUAUCGGAAUGAGGGCUCCGUAUCUUCGCGUGGGCGGUAACAAACAAUUCGAAAUGAUGGCUGACCAAUUCUUCGUCUACGACGCCUCCAUCACGGCUUCGUUGGGUCGUGUACCCAUCUGGCCGUACACCUUGUACUUCAGAAUGCCACACAAAUGCAAUGGAAACGGUGGAAACUGUCCAUCAAGAUCGCAUCCUGUUUGGGAGAUGGUGAUGAACGAAUUGGACAGAAGAGACGAUCCCACUUUCGACGAGUCCCUGCCUGGUUGUCACAUGGUAGACUCUUGCUCGAACAUUCAGACUGGAGAACAAUUCGCCAGGCUCCUCAGACACAACUUUAACAGGCACUUCAACAGCAACAGGGCACCGCUUGGCCUUCACUUCCAUGCCUCGUGGUUGAAGAGCAAGAAGGAGUAUAGGGAGGAAUUGAUCAAGUUCAUCGAGGAGAUGUUGGCCAGGAGCGACGUGUAUUUCGUUACCAUGGUUCAGGUAAUCAAGUGGAUGCAAAAUCCGACGGAACUCUCGGCACUGAGGGACUUCCAGGAUUGGAAAGAAACCUGCGACGAGAAGGGCCAGCCCUACUGUUCUCUCCCUAACGCCUGUCCCUUGACUACCAGAGAACUUCCUGGCGAAACUCUUCGCUUGUUCACCUGCAUGGAGUGCCCGAAUUAUUACCCGUGGCUGCUCGAUCCUACCGGCGACGGUUUCACCGCCAACAAAUGAGCACUUCAUGGUAGAGAUCUAUAGAUCGUGUGGCGCGUGUUCCUAAGAGAGACCACGCUAAAGUAAUGCAUCAAAAGGCUUUUCCUUGAAGAACACGCGCCGAACCGUCGCGCGGAAAACGUGUCGCGAACGGAAAUAAGAAAUCUCUUAGCAUAAUCGACUUGACGUUGUCUGGUUGAUUUCAAUUUUGAAAAGAGAAACAAGUGCAGUAGAAUUCUGAUGUAUUUUAUUAUAUGCAGAUAAGUUAGAAAUUCUUCGCGAGUUGAGAUGUUUUUUCUUUUUAUUGUGAUAUUAUUGGAACGGAAUUUUAUAAGUGGGAUAGCUGUUAAAUUAUCAUUUUUGUGAGAUUCUUGAGUUGCAUUCGUGUUAUCGUGGCAGAAGAGUAUCGUGGGUCUGAGUUCCCCUAGCAAACGUUCGCGAAACGUUUCUGUGGUCGAUUAUGGUGAUCGAAAGAAAUGAAAAGAGAACGAAGAGGUUGUUUUUCCGUAGCAUAGAGGAACAAGUUCUUCGAUUGAACUUAUUCAUCUUUGUACAUAACCACCGUAUCCUUGCCCUUCCGAUCCUUAUCCCUUUCUUCUGCGGGGCGUUGUACGUAUUGGUCCAUCGAUCGGUAUCGUCGCAGCGCGCCGAACCGUGUACACUGUACACUUGGUUAACGUUAGUGCUUAAGAGACGCGUGAGAGUAAUUAAGUAAUUCUUAGAAUCUUUAUUAAAGUAUUUCACAAUAAACGUUGUACGAAACUGA